GGCUGGUGAGGGGACGAUGGAAUCGAGGGGCUCGCCAAUCCCAGUUGUCUGGGGCGAGGAGACCCCGGCCUUGCCGGAGGGGUUGGCCGGCAGCUUCUUACGGGCUGAGCUUGAACUGAACACCGUGCUGAGGGUGAUGGAGUUCCCCCAGCCCGUGAGUUACGUGUAUAACCCGCUGGAGUAUGCCUGGGAGCCUCACCGUGUCUACGUGGAGAAGUACUGCCAGUCACAGAAGGAGGUGCUCCUCCUGGGCAUGAACCCCGGACCCUUCGGGAUGGUGCAGACCGGGGUUCCGUUUGGGGAGGUGAAGUUCGUGCGGGACUGGCUGGGGGUGAGCGGGGCUGUGUCGAGGCCUCAGGUGGAACACGCCAAGCGGCCUGUGCUGGGCCUGGACUGCCCGCGGACCGAGGUGAGCGGUGCCCGCCUCUGGGGCCUCGUCCGCCGCCUGUGCGGGGGUGGUGGCCCGGGGCCCUUCUUCAGCCGCUGCUUCGUCCACAACCUCUGCCCCCUGGCCUUCCUGGACGCGGCCGGACGCAACCUGACCCCGGCCGACCUCCCGCCGGCCCCCCGGGAGGGGCUGCUCGCCCCCUGCGACCAGUCCCUGCGCCGGGUGGUGGAGCUGCUGGGGGUGGGGAUGGUCAUCGGGGUGGGGCGUCUGGCCGAGCGCCGGGCCAGGAGGGCCCUGGCGGGGGGGUCUACGGACAGCGUGAGGGUGGAGGGGCUCGCCCACCCCUCCCCGCGCAACCCGCGGGCCAACCGGGGCUGGGAGGAGGCCGCGGCCGCUCGCCUGGAUGAGCUGGGAGUCACAAGACUGCUGACCGCUGCGCCGACUUCUCUCCCGACAGUCUGACCGGCCCUCUCCCCGCUGACGGACCACCCCCCACCCCCCCAAACCCCACCCCGAGCUACUCCUCCUCCUGCCACUGGAAACGGUCCCUCCUUCCCUCCCCCUCCCCCCUCUCUCCUCGAUCGGAACCCGCGCUUUGCUAUACUACAACCAGCGAUAAGCUGACCCACCCCCCACCUCAACCCCCGAUGAAGCCAACACCCUGUUCAGCGAGAACGCGGCUGAUCUCCUACCCCGACUCCGCUUUCCCCGCCCCGCCCCCUCGGCACCUGCCCUCUCGCGGUCCCGUAUAUACUCGUCAGGAGGGCGUCCACGGGGGGUGAAGAACUCCGUAGAUUCACCCACCCUCCCAGCUAAGAGAUUCCCCCCCCCACCCCCCCAACCCGUCUCAGUUCCUUAAUGGCCGACCCCCUUCUCCUGGGAUUAUGUCCCCCUCCCUCCCAUUCCUACCCGCCGCCCCCCCCCCCCACCAGCUCUUGAUUCUCUAACCGGGCAGGGGUGGGGCUUGCAGGGGGAACAGCCUCUCGGCCAUCGACCCUGUCAAGCCCGCUCAGGAUUUCGGACGUAUCGACGAGAUCGCACCCCCCACCCCCCCCCACCCCAAACUCUCCACCCUCCGAUUCUCCUAAACUCCGGAGGGUAUCGGCUCCUCCCUGCUCGAUCUCUCCCCGAGCGACGAUUUCCCCCCUCGUUCCGGGAGUCGGUCGAGUGAGACCCGUUUGCCACACCCCCCCAACCCCUCCCCCGCCCAGUGCGCUGCCCACCCCUCCCCCGCCCACCCCAGCCUCCUGCUCACACAACACUUCACACAGACCCUUCCCGGCCGCUUGUGACGCACAGCGUGUGCCGGGGACGUUAAGCUUCCUCGAAGAUGACGAAAGAUGGUGCUUUUGGUUGGUCUCACUACAACCGACGUUCAGUGUUUAAUGUCACUUUGAUUGUCCUGUGCAUUUCCAAUGUUCCUUUAUAAGCUAUGACUGUGUUUAACACUUUGCUGUACCUGUCCUGGGAGUGUUUGAUCGGGACGGUGUAGAGGGAGCUUUACUCUGUAUCUAACCCCGUGCUGUACCUGUCCUGGGAGUGUUUGAUGGGGACGGUGUAGAGGGAGAUUUACU